AACCACCAUACAGGAUACUGGGAACCACCAUACAGGAUAUUGGGAACCACCAUAGAGAUACUGGGAACCACCAUACAGGAUACUGGGAACCACCAUAGUGAUACUGGGAACCACCAUACAGGAUACUGGGAACCACCAUACAGGAUACUGGGAACC